AUGUCUUUCAUUGGAGAGUCUGCUCUGUCAUCAUUAUUUCACUCCCUCUUAGACAAGAUUGAGUGCCCUGAGAUUGUAAGGUUUGCUCGUGAGGGGCAAGUACUUGCUGACCUUAGGAAGUGGGAGAAUAUGUUGAUGAAGAUCCAAGCUGUCCUUGAAGAUGCAGAGGAGAAGCAGAUGUCUAACCGGUGGGUGAAGAGAUGGCUGGACGACCUCAAAGAUUUGGCUUACCAUGUGGAAGACAUCUUGGACGAUUUUCAAACUUACUCUUUGCAACGCCAAUUGAAGGGAGAAACUGAAGCCGGUUCAAGUAAGUUUCGGAAGCUCUCCCAUUCUGUGACAACGACCAUCAAUCCAGGAGCAAUCAUGUUGAUGAAGUUUAUCACUACCAGAUUUCAGGAGAUUGUAGACCAGCAAAACGGCUUGGAUUUGAUGAAGAAAAGUGUUGGAGGGACAUCCUAUAUUAAGGUAUGUGCGCGACAACCGAGUACAUGUUUGGAACGUGAACCUAGAGUGUAUGGCAGAGAUGAAGAUAAAAGGAAGAUACUUGAUUUGAUUUCGAGAAAUGAAGCAAGUGAUGUGAAAGUUGGAGUAAUACCCAUUGUUGGGAUGGGUGGGGUGGGUAAAACAACACUCGCCAGGCUUGUCUACAAUGAUGAGUCACUACAACAACAACAAUUUUGUCCAAAAGCAUGGGUUUGUGUGUCUGAUGAUUUUGACAUUUUGAGGAUAUCCAAGAGCAUUCUUGAGUCAAUCACUUUGAAGUCGUGUGAUCUAAAGGAGCUUAAUCAAGUUCAUCUGAAAUUGCAAGAAGAAUUAGAAGGAAAGAAGUUUUUGAUUGUCUUAGAUGAUGUCUGGAACAAGAAUUAUGAUAAAUGGAUCACCCUAUGUUCUCCAUUGAUGCAUGGAGCGCCUGGAAGCAGAGUGAUUGUGACAACACGUGAUGAAGCUAUUGCACGGAUGAUGAAAACAAUUCAAUCUCACAAUUUGAAUUGUAUUUCAAAUGAAGAUUGCUGGUCAUUGUUUCUUGAUCAUGCUUUUGCUAGCCGAAGUGUUGCAGAUGCAGAUAUAAAAUUGAAAGUCAUCCGUGAAAAGGUCAUAACCUAUUGUGAUGGCUUGCCUUUGGCAGCAAGGACUUUGGGUGGCCUUCUACGCUCAGAACCAAGGGAGGAUUGGGAAAAUGUAAUGAACUGCAAAAUCUGGAAUUUACAAGGUGACGGCAAUAACAUUCUUCCUGUGUUAAGAUUAAGUUACUAUCAUCUCCCUUCGCAUUUAAAGAGAUGUUUCGCUUAUUGUGCAAUAUUUCCCAAGGAUUAUGUAUUUCAAAAGAAGCAACUAGUCCUUCUAUGGAUGGCAGAAGGUUUAAUUGAGCAACGAGAUGAUAUGGAGGAUGUUGGUGAAGAGUAUUUUCAAGAUCUAUGUUCUAGAUCACUUUUUCAAUCUUCAAGCAAUGGCGGAUUCAUGAUGCAUGACCUCGUGAAUGAUGUAGCAAAAGUGGUUGCGGGAGAUACAUGUUUUAGAUUGGAGGAUGAAUUGACUGCAAGUAACAAAGAAAAAGCUCGACACUCUUCUUACAUCCCUGGCUUGUAUGAUCGCUGUGAAAGAUUUGAGCCAUUUGAAAGGAUCAAGCAUAUGCGAACCUUCCUGCCCCUAUCACUGUACGAUGAAUAUAUGAGAUUCUACUUAGCAAAAUGCGUUCCUUCUUAUUUGUUAUCAAAGUUACGAUGCUUAAGGGUGUUGUCCUUCAAUGGUUAUAAUAUCACUGAGCUACCAGAUUCAAUAGGUGACUUGAAGCAUCUAAGGUAUCUUGACCUUUCAUACACCGACAUUGUAACUUUACCUGAGACAACAACCUCUCUAUGUAACUUACAGACUCUGUUGUUGAAUGGUUGUUAUCGUCUCAAUAAAUUGCCUUCAGAAAUGCAAAAUUUGAUCAAACUACGUCAUCUUGAUAUGGAAAACACAUAUGCUGGGAUGCCACAGGGAAUAGAAGCAUUGAAGAGUCUUCGGAUAUUGUCUGAUUUUGUUGUGGGGAAAGGUAAUGAAGAAGUAGGUAUAACAGCUUUGAUGAAUUUAAAAUUUCUUCAAGGGGCACUCCGCAUUUCACGCUUGGACAAUGUGUCUAAUGCUUCAGAUGUGAGGGGAGCCAUUUUACUGGACAAGGAGGGAAUAGACUAUCUGGUGAUGGAAGAUGGUGAUAGAGGUGUACUUGAGAUGAUGAAACCUCAUGGAAAUCUGAAAAAUCUCACCAUAUGGAAUUAUGGUGGUAUUCAAUUUCCAUUGUGGGUGGGAGAUCCUUUAUUUAGCAAUCUGGUGCGCCUACAGUUGUUGAAUUGCAAGAAUUGCACAACCUUGCCACAACUUGGGCUGCUUUCCUCUCUCAAGGACUUGCUUAUUGAAGGGUUUCCCAAUGUAAAAGCAAUUGAUAUGAAUUCAAAUCCUUUUCCAGCUCUCGAGACUCUGACCUUCAAUUACAUGGAAGAAUGGGAAGAGUGGAAUAUUCGUGGAUGUGAAUUCUCUCAUCUGCGCAAGCUUUCCAUUGAUAGGUGUCCCAAACUGUUGGGAAAAUUACCCAGCCAUCUGCCUUCAUUGCAAGAACUUUAUAUUAGAGAAUGUUUGCAAUUGGUGGUUUCAUUUGAAAGCCUUCCGGUGAUAUCUAACUUGAAUAUCAAUGGGUGCAAAAAGGUUGAAUUGCGUGGAGGCUUUAGCUUCCCAAACAUCUUGUUCGUUCAUAAUACAGAAUUUUUAUUUCAACUGAAAGAGUUGAUGCAAGGCUUAAGAAAGUUGGAAUGCUUGACCAUUGGUCCUGACAGUUCCGUUAUUGAAACACUUCGUAGUCCACAUUGGACACUUUUUUGGGAUGACGCUGAAAAGUUGUUGCAAAAGGGCGUCGUCACUGAUAGUGAAUGUAAAAUUGUGAAAUUUCAGGGUUGUUGCCCUGAAAACCUACUGCCAUGGCUUCACAGCUUUAAGUCUCUGAGAAAGGUAUUUAUUGCAAACUGCUCAAGACUUGUUUCUUUGCCAGAUGCAGUGAUUUACAGCAGUUUGUGUCUUGAAGAGUUGAGAAUUGAGAGUUGUCAUUCUCUGAUUUCCAUUGGAAGACACCAGCUACCUCCAACUCUAAUAAGGCUAGAAAUAAUUCGGUGCAACAAAUUGCAGAUGCUGCUCAAUGCGGGAGAGGCUUGUUCUUCUUCUAGGGUUGAGAAUGAGGAGAGUAUGAGCUGUCAUGCUAGCUUAUCUAAUCUCCAGUAUUUGAAAAUUAUUGGCUGUGACUCUCUUAUAUUCUUAGGACAGUUACCUGCUUCCCUUAAAGACUUGGUUAUUGACAGUUUCAGACCUGCCAGAAAAGGUUCACUGGCCAAAUCUAACCAUCUACCAAAAUUUUCAAUCCCAUCUACAGCUACAAAAAUCAUUGAAGCUACUUCCUCAAGCAUUGAUUUAUCUUUGUUGGAUUGUUCCUUCACGACGAAAGGAAGAUUCGAAACAUCGAAAGAGUUGUUGAACACCGGAUCGUUAACUCUUUCUCCAUCAGCUUCUCCUACAGGUUUCUGCCUAUGCUAUUGGGAUUGCCGGGUGGGCUACAUGUUUGAAGCUUGGAAGUGA